CACUCUCUAUCUCUCUCUCUUUAUAAUAACUCUCAGUCUUGUGUUUCUGCAUCUCCUUCUCCCUUUCCUGUAUUUCACUUCAUGCUGAUCUUUAGUCAAGGCUUGCUGGACAUCUUUCCUUCCUUCGUUCCUUCCUUCCUCAUCUCUCUCUAUCAGUCUCUUUCUUUCUGGGACUCAUUCCUAAACUGGAUAGCAGAGAAACCCAUAUUUUGUUUCAAUGAUGUUGUUUUUUGCUGGUGGACUGUGAAAGUGGAUUGUCGUCCUGCAUCCUGAUGAUGCUGAAGGUGCAACUCUGUUAGAUUUUACUGGAGUAGCUGAAGGAUUUUUCUACAGUGCAGGCUCUGGAGAAGAAGCCUAAGUUGUUAAUUCUACUUUCCUUGACUUUAAUCAGAUUCUGGGCAGCACUGAAGUAUCCUUUUCAAGUAGUUUCUUUCUUUCUUUCUUUCUUUCUUUCUUUCUUUAACCCCUUAAGUCUUGGCCUCGCCAUGGCCCAGUUACCUAGUCCCACCGCUGUGAUGGCCCCCAGUUCACUUGGCUCCAGCUCCGCUCCAGUAGCCAAUGUCUUUCAGCGUAAGGGCGCCCUCAAACAGAAGAAUGUGAUGGAGGUGAAGAAUCACCAGUUUGUGGCCCGUUUCUUCAAACAGCCGACAUUUUGUAGCCACUGCACCGAUUUCAUUUGGGGCAUCGGCAAGCAGGGAUUUCAGUGUCAAGUCUGCAGCUUUGUUGUUCACAAACGCUGCCAUGAGUUUGUCACAUUCAUGUGCCCAGGAGCGAACAAAGGACCCAAACCAGAGGACCUGCGCAGUAAGCAUAAGUUCAAAAUACAUACAUACAGCAGUCCAACAUUCUGUGACCAUUGUGGAUCCCUACUGUAUGGCCUGGUGCACCAGGGCAUGCGCUGCUCCAGCUGUGAAAUGAAUGUUCACAAGCGUUGUGUGGCCAGUGUGCCCAGCCUCUGUGGUCUAGACCACACAGAGAAGCGUGGCAGGCUCCAUCUUACAGCAAGUGUUGAAAAUGGAGAAGAGCUGCAUGUGACAGUUGGAGAGGCUCUCAAUCUGAUUCCAAUGGACCCUAAUGGACUUUCAGAUCCAUACGUGAAACUCAAGCUUAUCCCUGACCCCAAGAACUUAAGCAAGCAAAAGACAAGAACUAUGCGCUCCACCUUGAACCCUGUCUGGAAUGAAAGCUUUAUCUUCACACUGAAGACAUCUGACUGGGACAAGCGUCUUUCCAUAGAGGUGUGGGACUGGGAUCGGACAACACGUAAUGACUUUAUGGGGGCCAUGUCUUUUGGGGUGUCGGAGAUCGCCAAGCGGGCAAUGUGUGGCUGGUUCAAGCUGCUUAACCAGGAAGAGGGGGAGUACUACAGUGUCCCUGUCAGUGAUGUGGAGGAGGGUGAACUGCGUAUGAACUUUGAGCGGACCGGUCUGUCUACACCCCCUCAGGUGGUCAGCCCCCCUGCUGACUCAAAAAGGUCAGACCCCUUUGGACGAUCAUCUUCAUUUAGCAUAGAAGACUUCAAUUUCUUAAUGGUGCUUGGAAAGGGAAGCUUUGGAAAAGUGAUGCUAGCAGAACGCCGAGGGACUGACCAUCUGUUUGCAGUAAAGAUCCUAAAGAAAGACGUGAUUGUCCAAGAUGAUGACAUUGAGUGCACUAUGGUGGAAAAGAGAAUUCUAGGCCUGGCUAAUCGACCCCACUUCUUAACAUCACUGCAUUCGACCUUCCAGACUGAGGAUCGCCUCUACUUUGUCAUGGAAUACGUCAAUGGUGGUGAUCUCAUGUACCACAUCCAGCAGGUUGGCAAGUUUAAGGAGCCACAUGCAGCGUUCUAUGCUGCAGAAAUUGCCAUUGGGUUGUUCUUCCUGCACAACAAGGGAGUUAUUUACAGAGAUCUGAAGUUGGAUAAUGUGAUGCUAGAUGCAGAUGGACAUAUUAAGGUUACAGACUUUGGCAUGUGCAAGGAAGGUGUCUUUGAAGGCGUGUCAACAAGAACAUUUUGUGGCACCCCUGACUAUAUUGCUCCAGAGAUUAUCGCCUAUCAACCUUACGGGAAGCCUGUUGACUGGUGGUCUUUUGGAGUUCUUCUUUACGAAAUGCUGGCUGGACAGCCCCCAUUUGAUGGUGAGGAUGAGGAUGAACUAUUCCAGUCAAUCAUGGAACACAACGUCUCAUACCCCAAGUCUUUGUCAAAGGAAGCAGUUGCAAUCUGCAAGGGGUUCCUGACCAAACAUCCUGCAAAGCGGCUUGGCUCCGGCUUUGACGGUGAGAGGGAUAUCCGAGAUCAUGCCUUCUUCCGAAGGAUUGAUUGGGAAAGACUGGAAAAACUAGAAAUUCAACCUCCAUUCAGGCCCCGACCUGGAGGACGUAAUGGAGAGAACUUUGACAAAUUCUUCACACGUGCUGCUCCUGUGCUGACUCCACCUGACCGCCUGGUCCUGGCCUCCCUUGACCAAGAUGACUUCCGAGGCUUCAGCUUUGUUAAUCCUGAAUUCCUUCAUCCCAGUGAGCGUGUUAGCCUGGCAUCAGCCCCCAUGUCAGCAGUCUGAUGUCAGAUUAAUUUGGCUUCUGACAAAAUUGAUGGUCCACGAGAAACACCAUCUGAUGUUCUGCUGCUGGUACUGUGUUUGACUCCAACUGCAUAUGGAGAAGGCUUUACACUGUUCACAAUUUUCCACAUACAAGUCUUCUUUGUCAGGUCUUCCAGGAUUCGAUCUUUGCUAUGCUCACCUCAAACCACUAAACAAUCUAAAAAUGACAUUUUCUUUACACCUUUGUAGAGACUUUUUGUAGUAGGCCCACCUGCUCUUUUUCUUGCCCAUUAUGUGUGCUGACAAUUGAAAGUGAGACCCAGGGAACGCUUAGAGACUGCAGUGAUGGUAGAAAACUAUUUUUUGAUCCAGGUUUGUUUUAUUACUGGUCACACUGUAGGGUCAGUUCUCCUCACCAUCCACUCCCCAGUCAGACAAAAUACUCACCCAGCCUUGGCCCACACUUCUUUUUCCUGAGCCCAUUUAUUGCAUUUUAGGAUUGUGAAGCGCUGGAGGUUAAAGUCAAUGCUGUAACCACAAGCCGGAAUCCAUCUCUAGGUGGAAUGUCAGUAUACACCAGCGGUUCUCAAACUGUGGGGCGCGCCCCCCUCUAUAAGGGGGAGCGUCGAAUAAAUGAA